AUGAGCAGCUCAAACGGUCGUCCGCCUAUUGAUGGCUAUGUUGACCCCAACUUUCCAAACCCAAACGACAAAUGGGAUACACCUAUCAUCAUCUAUGGCUACACUCCAGCAUUCUCCCUCGCCGUAUUCGCAGCAGCUUGGUUCGCCCUCUUCAUGAUAAUCCACCUCUUCCAAAACAUCAAAUAUCGCAGCUGGUACUUUAUUACCUUUCCAAUCGGUCUCCUCUUCGAAAUCGUCGGAUACAUCGCUCGGUCCCUCUCAGCAAAGAAAGAUCCUUAUCAUCUGCUGUACUUUAUCCUUAACUACUUCUUCAUCGUCACGGCACCUGUGUUCCUUGCUGCAGGCGUGUACACGAUUCUUUCAGCACUGAUUCCGAGAUUGGGACGACGAUAUUCUCUUGCGCCGCCUAAGUUUAUCCUUUGGUUCUUUAUUACUUCUGAUGUUAUUGCUACGGUUGUUCAGGUUACGGGUGCUGCUCUUAUUGGAGUGAGACAGUCGAACCGUCAAGAUCCUACUGUUGCGAAUAACAUUCUUCUCGGAGGUUUGGCCUAUCAGGUCUUUGCUAUGACUAUCUUCGUUAUCCUCUCAGCAACAUUCCUCUUCCGCGCUCGAAGAGAGGUUAGUGGUCGUGGAAAGAAACUCAGUAUCUUCUGUGUCGCUUUUGCAGUGGCUACUAUCAUGGUUUAUCUGCGAACCAUCUUUCGUCUUGCAGAAACUGCUGAGGGUCUUGGAGGAAAGUUGUACUCGAACGAGAUUUACUUUGCUUGUCUUGAGUUUGCUCCUAUUGCAUUGGCUGUUAUGCUCUUUGCUAUUUGGCAUCCUGGACGAUGUGUAGGUAAGAAGGUUAGAGUCAAGGAUUUGGAAAAGGAACAGGCUCGAGUCCAGAAUUUUUAA